GCAGACUUUGUUGCCAGCGAUCCUUACCAUUUCACUUUGAAUAUGCCAUCAAAUCACAUUUAUAUGCUCCCAGCAGUUGUCGAUCAUUCAAAUUUGCAGCGCUUCUCUGAUCGAGUUGUUGAUGGAAUUGCAGCUGUCUUUUUGGCAUUAAAACGAAGACCUGUUAUUCGUUAUCAAAGAACAUCUGAUAUUGCGAAAAGGAUUGCACAGGAAACAGCAAAGCUGAUGUACCAGCAGGAAAGUGGACUUUUUGAUUUCAGACGAACAGAAAUUUCUCCAUUGUUGCUGGUAAUUGAUAGGAGGGAUGAUCCUGUAACCCCAUUGCUGAAUCAGUGGACCUAUCAGGCAAUGGUUCACGAAUUGAUUGGUAUUCAAGACAACAAAGUGGACUUAAGAACCAUUGGCAAAUUUCCAAAGGAUCAACAGGAGGUUGUGCUGUCAUCAGAACAAGAUGGUUUUUUCAAAAAGAACAUGUAUGAGAACUUUGGUGAUAUUGGGAUGAACAUCAAGCAGUUGGUUGAUGAAUUUCAGCAAAUUUCGAAGAGUAACCAGAACAUUCAGACGAUAGAGGACAUGGCCAAAUUUGUUGACAAUUACCCUGAGUACAGAAAGAUGCAUGGAAAUGUUUCAAAGCAUGUGGCACUGGUUACAGAAAUGAGCAAACUAGUUGAAGAGAGAAAACUUAUGUUAGUUUCACAGACAGAACAGGAGUUGGCUUGCAAUGGUGGGCAGGUGGCAGCUUUUGAGGCGGUGACAAAUCUAUUAAACAAUGAAAGUGUAUCUGAUAUUGAUCGCCUACGACUUGUCAUGUUGUAUGCUUUGCGCUAUGAGAAGGAAAGCCCUGUGCAACUGAUGCAAUUAUUUAACAAACUGUCUUCUAAGUCUGCCAAGUACAAGCCUGGGCUUGUCCAGUUUCUCUUGAAGCAAGCGGGUGUGGAUAAGCGAACUGGGGAUCUUUAUGGAAAUCGAGAUUUCUUAAAUAUUGCACGUAACAUGGCUCGGGGGUUGAAGGGGGUUGAGAAUGUGUACACACAACACCAGCCUCUUCUCUUCCAAACUAUGGAAAGCAUCACCAAGGGACGACUGAGAGAUGUGGACUACCCAUUUGUUGGAAACCACUUUCAGCAGGGCAGGCCUCAAGAAGUUGUGAUUUUCAUUGUUGGAGGAACAACAUACGAGGAGUCGCGCUCUGUAGCUUUACAAAAUUCUAUGAAUACUGGAAUUCGUUUUAUACUUGGUGGUUCUGCGAUUCUCAAUUCUAAGAGGUUCUUGAAAGAUUUGGAAGAAGCUCAGAGAGUAGCUCGGACUAGCAACGCCGUCUGAAUUCUGGGUUCUUGUAUACGGGUGUUUGUGGAUGUAUACGGGUGUUUAGAUAUGGUCACCAGCUAUAAUAUAAAAAAUUGCCACACAUGCUUGAGGGUUCAUCAGAAUCGCCCUCUGUUCCUGUAGAACACAUGGCCCUUUCGUUACCAUUUUGUGGGAGUAAGAACCGAAGGGGAUUUGUAUCCCAUAAAUUUGGAGGGUAAGAUCUAACAGCAGUUUCCCUCCCUACUUUAAGAAGCAUAGAAAAGAAUGAGAUCUCACAUCUUUGCACCAAUUUUUUCGCUAACCGAGCCGGACACCCUAGGGCUUAAUUAACAUGUACUUUCUUGCCUUGUUCAGAAGAAGCUUGUCAUACAUGAAAUCUCCCUAUUCUUUCUAUUUGAAUAUACAUAUUACUGUAUCAAUGUAGUUUGUACUUAAGAUAUUGUGAGAAUUCAACAAA